ACGAGGAUGACGAAGGCGAAGGAGAGGAAGAGGAGAAGGUGGAGGAGGAGCUCCGCCACCUUUGAAUGCCAAGCAAUGCACUGUAUCUCUCUCACACAUGCCAGCAUGCCCUCUCUUCUUCUCCUCUCUCUCCCGGGACAGUCUCAACCCUAAAUGGUGUCCACGCACUUGAAGCUGGUCCAUCAUGUUGCUCCUCUCGCUUUCCUGAUUCAUGGAUGCCAAUGCUGGUGGACUGCGUCCUCUGUUUCGUUGUGAUUCCGCCAUCUUCACCUUUCUGACCUAUCCCGUGCUGCAAUGCGUGGCUGUCGGCCUCUGUGAAGCUGCUUCUUUCCCCUCAGGCGAUCAGGAUUUUUUGAAUAAAGCGGGGUAAUUGGGGAUCUGCGAUGUUCGGAUCCAGCAGCCCCUUCGGGGCAUCAAGUCCGAGUCCUUUUGGUGCACCGGCCGCUUCCAACCCGUUCGGUGCGACUCCGAACCCAUUUGGAAGCACUGCCCAAGCAAGCAAUCCGUUCGGUGCCAAGCCAUUCGGCAGCACGAGCCCGGGUUUCGGAGCGCAGACAGGGAGCUCUCUGUUCGGGAGCGGCACGUCGACGGGCGUUUUUGGAGCGACUGCGACACCGGCGUUUGGGGCUGCGUCAACAACUCCUGCAUUCGGGGCGUUUGGUCAACAAAAGCCUGCCUCACCGUUUGGCGGAUUCGGUUCCACUCAACCUCAGCAGAAUCCGUUCGGGUCCCCGUCUUUUGGACAGUCGCAGGCAGCGUUCGGGAGCCAACCGUUUGGAUCCACAGCGCCAGCUUUCGGUGCGCAGUCGGCCCCUGCGUUUGGAAGCACGACCACCCCACUGUUCGGGGCGUCGAGUCCAGCAUUUGGGGCGGCGACGACAACUCCAGCUUUUGGUGCGGCAUCGACUCCUGCUUUCGGAAGCAGUUCGGUGUUCGGGCAGAGUGCGCCUGCGUUUGGGGCGAGCACGACGCCUGCCUUCGGGAGCACAGCGACGGCAUCACCAUUCGGGGCUUCCUCUGGGAGUGCAUUUGGAAGCAGCUUCGGGGCAUCGAGUUUUGGAGGUGGGCAGCAGCAGCAGCAGCAGCAGCAACAGCAGCGUGUGGGAAGCAGAGUGGCAGCGUACGCUGUGACCCCUGAUGCGGACUCCGGGGUUGGGGCGAAUGCCGGGAAGUUUUUGUGUAUAUCUGCUAUGCCGGCUUACAAAGAGAAGCAGCUAGAGGAAUUGAGGUGGGAGGAUUAUCAAGCAGGCGAUAAAGGCGGGCCGAACCCAGCUAGCCCCCAGCCUGCUGCUGGAGGCAUCUUUGGUCAACCAGCACUGCAGACUCCAGCGGCAUCUAGCCCGUUUGGGGCUGCGGCGACGCCGACGACCUUCGGGGCUGCCGCCACCCCUAAUCCGUUCGCAUCAACUUCCACGGCGAAUCCGUUUGGCGCGAAACCGGCGUUUGGAAGUCCCAGCACCCCCACUCCUGCGUUUGGGCAAGCUUCAACGCCUGCAUUUGGGCAGACUUCAGCGCCAGCAUUCGGCACAAGCACGUUCGGUUCGAGCACGCCUGCUUUUGGAGCGGCGUCGACGCCAGCAUUCGGGCAGGCGAGCUCGACCCCAGCAUUUGGGUCGUCGCCAUCUCCGUUUGGGCAGACAUCGGCACCUGCGUUCGGGAGCACAACCUUCGGAGCAUCAUCAUCAUCUUCAUUGUUCGGGCAGAGCAGUCCCGCAUUUGGGGCAUCUUCACCUGCAUUUGGAGCGGCGUCCAGCCCGGCGUUCGGUGCGCAGACAUCGUCCGCAUUCGGAGGGGGCGGGUUGUUUGGGAGCAGUCAGCCAGCGAGCAGCGGAGGGUUGUUUGGAGCAUCCACUCCUGCGGCUCAGCCGUUUGGGGCAAGUUCUGCUCCGGCGUUUGGGCAAAGUCAGGCAGCAUUCGGGUCCAACUUGUUUGGCAACAACACAAGCAGCCCAGGUUCCUUGUUUGGUCAAACAAAGGCGGCGGGGUUGACACAGUCCUCGUCAUCGUCUUUGUUCAGUGGGUUUGGUGCAGCUUCUACCGGACAAACUCCUAGUACAUUUAGCUUCCCAAGCUUGCAAACCCCGCAGCAAGGGGCGACCAACACCUUUGGCGGUACCCCGCCCGCAUUUGGUCAGCAGAAUACAUUCGGGCAACAGCAAGCUACUCAAAACGUUAUCUCGGCCACAGCUAGCCCGGUAACCAAUCCCUUUGGGACACUACCUGCCAUGCCCCAGAUAACAAUCGGCCGAAGCGCCGGUUCUGGUCCGUCUGUCCAGUAUGGGAUAUCGAGUAUGCCGGUAGCCGAGAAACCGACUCAAGUGCGUGUGAACACAUUGUUGACUCCCCGGCAUAUCACGCAGCGGUCAAAGGUGCGCAUGCACGCACGACGCUACCAUCCUAAGAAGGAUAGCCCAAAGGUGUCGUUCUUCAGUGAUGGUGACGAAGCCCCCUCAACCCCGAAAGCAGAUGUGAUGUUUGUUCCUCGAGAGAAUCCGCGUUCUCUGUUCAUUCGACAGCCGGAAUCGUCUCCUGCGAUUCCAUCUGCGGCGAAGGACGCAGUGGAUGUUGGAGAGAUAGCCACACCCGUGCAGAAGGAUGGCUCCCAGGAUGAAAUGAGGAACGAAGUGGGUGGCGAUCCUGUUCCGUUUUCGUUUCCUGAAAGUCCACACAAUAACUGGAGAAGCCCAGACGGCGUGAAUGGGAAUGGAUUCGUGGGAACUCCAGCAGCAUCUCAGGCGAAGGCCAGUGAGAGAGGGGCCUCGAAACAGGUGUCGAAAAGCAACGGGUUGCGGGAGGAGCACAGUCACAGAGGAAAUGGCUACAUUUCGAUCACUGGUCAUCGUGCCGGUGAAGCUGCAAUCGCGUACGAGCACGGUGCGGACAUAGAAGCUUUGAUGCCGAAGUUACGGCACUCGGACUAUUUCACGGAUCCAAAGGUGCAGGAGCUGGCGGCGCUGGAGCGUGCGGAUAUUGGGUAUUGUCGCAGAGUGAAGGACUUCGUUGUUGGGCGUAAGGGUUACGGGGAGAUAAAGUUUUUGGGCGAGACGGAUGUGCGACGCCUGGAUCUGGAGAACAUAGUGCAGUUCAACAAGUGCGAGGUGCUGGUGUACAUGGACGAGACGAAGAAGCCGCCGGUAGGGCAAGGCUUGAACAAGGCAGCGGAGGUGACGUUGCUGAACGUGAAAUGCAUAGACAAGAAGACGGGGCAGCAUUACGUCGAGGGAGUGGAGGUGGAGAAGUUUCAGAAGCGGUUGAGGAAGAAGACAGAGGAGCAGGGGGCAGAGUUCUUAGGGUACGAUGGGGCGAAGGGAGAGUGGAGGUUUCGAGUGAAGCAUUUCAGUCGAUAUGGACUGGACUUUGAGUCGGACGAGGAGGAUGGGGCCGAAGGGCCAGGAGAGGGCGCCAUUGUGGUUGCAGGAACGUACGACAUGGAGGGUGUUGAGCAAGGUGUGAUGCACGAUGCGGAUGAUUCCAUGUUUGAAUCUCCUAUGAAGAAUUUUGAUGCGAUUCCGGAACCUGGAGUGGGCAUGGAGGAUGAGGUCGGGGACGACCUGAUUGAUGCGUCCUAUUUCACGGCUCCACAGGCAGCACUUCCGCACUCCCUGCCCGCACACCUUCACCUUGAUCCCGUGAAAAUGCAACAAAUGCGAGCCCUUUUCUUUGCCGAAGGUGAGGAGGCGGAAGAUAUCGCACCACCCGGGGCUUACGGGCGCUGGCAGUCACGUCCUCCAGCGCCAUCUCCCGCCGGUAUGAGCUCGGGCGUGCAUGGUAGUCAGUCGUUCAAAACACCUCAGAAAGUUGGCGUUGGUGAAGAUGUGGACGGGCGUCCAGCUUGGCCGCAACGGUCAUCUCCUUGGAAGGGAACCCCUGCGAAGCAGAUGCGAGUUUCUCCUCUUACGUCUUGGAAACGAUCACCUGCUUAUUCUGCUCUGGAGGAGGGGAUGUCGGGCCGUCAGACGGCGAUCAUGGAUGAAUCUCCUUCCAGGUCCCCACUGUUGGCGUUGACAAUGAGUGGAGAACGCGAGCGGUCAGGCAUGAAAAGAUCACGUGGCAGCGGCUUUUUGCUGGAUCCGACGGAGAAGUCCGGUGCAAUGGCUUUCGGGAGGUCGGACCACAUUGCAGACGCUGCGCUGUUCUUGGGUUGCUCGUUCCGUGUAGGAUGGGGUCCGAAUGGAGUGUUCUAUCACAGUUCGACGCCGGUUGGGCCAGGGGGAACGAAGAAUGGGUUGUCUUCAUGCAUUCAGGUGGAAAGAGUGGCGCUGGAUCGGACAGUGCGGGAUGACGGAGGAGUUGUGAAAGACGAGCUGGUGGAAAUGCAGUUCGUGUCACCGUUGUCGCUUCACAUGUCCAUGAGCCGGGUGGUGGACAAUGCCUCAGAUUCCGCCGCGAGGUGUCUCCGGCUGCGAACCUUAGUGUGCAGCAGGACUGAUUUGCCCGGUGUAUGCGGUGAGUACGAAGACCUGGUGCAGAAACAGCACGAGGUGGUGGGAGUUGGAGAGGCAGACCUGGUUGUUCUGAGACAUCAGCGGAUGGUGUGGCAGUUGAUCAACGUUCUUUUCUCGGAGACGGCAAGUCCGGCGGAAGCAGAGGAUGUGGACGAGAAUGGGGAGGAUGCAGAUGUUGAAAAGAGUUCAAUGCAGGCGGCAGAUGUGUCUGCUGAAGUGCUAAUGCGCCGGGCUGGGUUCAGCUGCUGGCUGCAGGAGAGCGUAGGUCACCUGGUGCAACGAGACUUGGAGCAUCUGGAAGGAAAUAAGUAUUUGAAGGAGAUAUUCAUCCUCCUGACAGGGCGACAAUUGGAGGAUGCUGUUGAGAGGGCUCUAGAACAUGGUGACGUUCGGCUGUCCACGCUGCUAUGCCAGGCUGGUGGUCCAGUUGGGAUGCGAGGUGAUGUUGCAGCGCAACUGGAGGUUUGGGGUGCAGAGGGUCUGGACGAGUCGCUCAUCGAGACGGAUCGAAUGUCGAUCUUUCAACUCCUUGCAGGUGACUUGAAGGGGGCUCUUGGCGGGGCCAACGUGGAUUGGAAGCGGUUUAUGGGUCUCGUGAUGUGGUAUCAAUUGAGCCCCGACACAGAUCUGCCGUGCGUGAUUGAGACGUUCGAGGAACUGCUGGAGAAGCAUCACGCCCCAAACCCAGAGCCAAAGUACGUGGAGGAAAGAGUGUCGGUGUACGACACCCAACUGGAGGCCCGUGGUUACGACACGGCGUACUAUUUGAUGCUUUUGCAUGCAAAGAAGGCGAAAGGAGAGGUCGGUAUGAGGAAAAUGUUGUCUGCGUCUGCAUCGACCUUUGACAGACUGGACCAUAGGCUGGCAUGGCAUCAACAAGGGAUUCUUCAUGCCAUCCGCAUGUUGGAAGGCGAGCAGCUACACGACGUGCACAUGAACUUCGCGAGUCAGCUGCUGUCGGUGGGUCUGUGCCACUGGGCUGUGUACGUCGUUCUUCAUAUGCCGAAAUCUGAACAACACCCAGGAUUGCACGAGAAGGUUGUGAAAGAGAUUUUGAAUCAGUACUGUGAAACGUGGAGCUCUUCAGAGACACAACAGCAGUUUCUGGAAGAGGACCUGGGGGUUCCUACGGAGUGGCUACAUGAGGCCUUGGCAUUGUACUGGCGUUAUUGUCGCAACGACAGGAAGGAACUGGAGCAUCUGAUCAAGAGCUGCCAGUGGCGGAACGCGCACUCGCUAUUCGUGGCAACCGUCGCGGCGUCGCUACUUCUGAAUUCGGAGUAUGCUGAGAUAUGGCAGUUUGCGAGCCAGUUGGAAGGGCAUCUGACGGAGGUGGAGGACUGGGAUCUAGGAGCAGGCAUAUACAUCGAGUUCUUGACGCUGAAAUCCAGCUUCAAAGACACGUCGAAUGUAGUGGAGGGGCUGGAGAGUUUGGAAGAGAGGAGCUCAGCUUGUGGGGCGUUCUUCGAGCGGCUGAAGGAGUCGCAAGCAAUGUGGAAGUCGAAGAGUUCGAUCGAGGCCAGGGCGGCUUAUUCAAAGAUGGCGGACGAGAUUUCGUUGUUGUUGUUGGAGGAAACAAAAGCACAGGCGUUGGACGUGAGCGCGGAGAUGAAGAUGUUUGACAUUGUUCUGGAUGCUCCCAUGCCCGAGGACGUGCGCAUGUGUCGUCUGCAAGGAGCUGUGGCAGCGUUCGCGAAAUUGGUUUCCGAGGAAAUUCUGGUGUGAGGCCCCACGAUGUGGAUGAGUGCGUGUCGCUGUUCGGGUAGGGGAGUUGUGAGGGCCCUGUGCAACGAGGGCAUCGCAUCUCGGCACGGUGUACAUCAAUUAGUUGAGUUACCCUUGAGUGCGUGGCGCGGUAGGAGAUGCAAGGAGUGCGCAUCGGUGAAUCGUGCAUGGUAUGGAGGAUUUUUGAGUACCAGCACGGUGAGCUGAGAGGUUAGCUGGAGGGAAAUGUGAGAAUGUAGUUGUAGGAAUAUUGUAGCAGGAAGGUUUGCAGGUAGCGGUGAUGUAGUAGAAAGUUUUCGAGAGCUUUCACAGCGAGUAUGUUGGGUGAGGCAGGUGUCCUCUAAUAUGGAGUUAUGGAGAGAGGGGAACAGAAGGGGAGGUGUUGAAUGGAGUGUUUUUUAGUUGGUUUGAGAGGUGCGUGGGGGAACCACCGGCUCUGUGGAGGUAGAUUAAUUCCAAAAGCCUACUCAGAGGGCAGCCUUGAAACCACUGGUGAUGUCUCCUGGCGCCUGUCGAUGAUAUUGUGCACAGCUUGCGUUUUGUCUAUACGUGCAUGAGUUCCAGUCCCCUGGGUGUGCGCAACCGGGUAUAUAUGGUGUGGUGUAAUGUGUGGGUACGUGCUGCUGCAUAGUAUGCGUGAUGUUUUGAAAUCCCAAGCUUGUUUCGGAAGUGGUGGGCAAGUGGGCAUCAAUGGGAGGUGCGAGGAUUACGUAAUGUGGAGUUGUCAGAUUGGACUCACCAAGAUUGACUGUGGAGCAGGGCACAUGAUGUGGGAGGUGCAUGGAAUCGGUAGAUGUGCACGCAGCACCGGUACAGUGCUCUCUGUGAAACGGAAGUCGGUCACGGCGUCGAGCGUUGAGGGGAGCAGUCGGUUUUUGUGUUGCACGGAGAUGUCGGACCCCCCGCACCGUCGGCAGACGAUGCGUUGUGUCUGGCAGGUGCGCUUGCGAACCAGCGAACGUGCGGACAUUUGUGAGAUUUGGUUGUUGAGAAAUCACCUGAUUACAGCAAGGCAAGUAUCAGUAGCGGGUGGUCAGCGGUUGAAGUGAGCGGUGCCGUCGUCGACCCCUGGGCGGUUGGAUUUCGUCGGUGAAGACUCGGUAGGAAGGGGAAGAAGGAGCUGGUUGGAGCAAAUGGAUCCGCUCCAGCCGUUGUGCUGCAUGGAAACGACCGGCACUUGCAGCGACUCCCGAAGAGCUCUAGAUGAUGCAGGCUCUAGAAGUUAGUGUCGCAGAUCCAGUUUUUCGUGCUGUUGCAUCCGCCACGUUCGUUGUCGUAGUAGCCUUCGUCAACCGCCGUCUUUGUGCUUGCGUUUGUCAUCACAAUGCAGAAUAUUGCCCUGGAUGCUAUGCUCUCA